UUUAGGACCCAGAAGAGUACACUUGGCUUGCUAUAUAUAUUGGUUCUUCAGCGAAUGUUGAGAGAACUUGUUGGCAAAAGACAACAGAUACUCACGGAACCAUCUGGAAAGAAAAAUGGUUUUAGGAAUGCUUAUUCUGGCGGGCACUGGUGGUGCCGCUUUCAUUGCUGCAGCCCCCUUUGUUUUGGGGGCAGUGGGCUUCACCGCUGGUGGGAUAGUGGCCGGUUCUAUCGCUGCAAAGAUGAUGAGUGCCGCCGCUGCUGCCAGUGGAGGAGCUGUUGCAGCUGGAAGCAUGGUGGCUAUUCUUCAAUCGGCUGGAGCUGCAGGACUGUCUGCCGCUGCUAAUGCACCAGUUGGGGUUGGAGGUGCAUUAGUUGGUGCAGCGAUCGCAAUCUGAAGAGAAGAAUGGCCUAAAUAAAAUUGAACAAAUUACCGUUCUUAAAUUCUGAAAUUAAUAAAACUUACAUUGACUCAUC